GGGCGGGUCGCCAUGGCGGUGCUGGCAGCCAACCCCAACAACCCCGUGGUCUUCUUCGAUGUCAGCGUCGGCGGCCAGGAGAUCGGCCGCAUGAAGGUGGAGCUGUUCGCUGACGUUGUGCCCAAAACGGCGGAGAAUUUCAGGCAAUUUUGUACAGGUGAAUUCAGGAAAGAUGGUGUCCCAAUAGGUUACAAAGGGAGCACUUUCCACAGAGUCAUUAAGGAUUUCAUGAUACAGGGAGGUGACUUUGUAAACGGAGAUGGUACUGGAGUAGCUAGUAUAUACCGGGGUCCCUUUGCAGAUGAAAACUUCAAACUCAGACAUUCUGCUCCUGGGCUGUUGUCUAUGGCCAACAGUGGUCCAAGUACAAACGGGUGUCAGUUCUUCAUCACGUGCUCCAAAUGUGACUGGCUGGAUGGGAAGCAUGUUGUGUUUGGUAAAAUUGUUGAUGGGCUCCUUGUCAUGAGAAAAAUUGAAAAUGUACCUACUGGUCCAAAUAACAAACCCAAACUGCCAGUGGUCAUCUCGCAGUGUGGUGAAAUGUAGAGCAAUGAAUGCAGAAAUCUCGGUAGUCACUGGUCCCUCGUUACCCAUCACUGCAGCUGCCCCAGACUUUUCCUGCAGGCCAUAUCUGUGCUGCUGGCACUUCUACAGAAGUUUCUGAUAUUCAGGAUGUACAACUU